UAGAAAAAUGUCUUAGCCGUAUUUUACAAGUUAAGCUAAACCUUACUACAAUAUCUUAAAAUGUAUUCAGGAAUAUUACAAUUUACCCGAAAAGUACAUAACAUUGCAGAAAGGUAAAUUGGUAGGUGAAAUAGCCGGGAGUUGGGUCGGUACUUCGACAUGGUUCCGGGCGCUAUCUUAAUCGUCCAGCGUUUAAGCAUAUUUAUGUAGCAAUAAGUUAUCAGGAGCCUAAUUACGGCCGCGAAACCACCUGUCCGCUAUCAUCUGUACAUAGGCCUUCGCAUAUACUUCCGUGCGUCUUACGCGCGGGCCCUCCCCCGCGGCGCGAUUGGUCCGCGAGGAAGCUGCGCGCGCAGUGGCCCUCCUCGCGCCGGGUGUGAGACGCGGCGACUUCGAAGGAGCCGGUCGCGGCGCGAUGUGCAGCCGCCGACAGUACUGCCGCGACCGAGUCGCCACGUUGCCGUCGCCCGCCGCACACGAUACGCCGCCGCCGACACCGACGCCGCGACGCGUCCGCGCGAUACGCAAAAACCAUUUUAAAACUUUUUCUAUAAAAGCUUUAGUUCAUAGUUACUUUAAAUGGUUGAAACUAUACAACUGUUAUUAUUUUGACAACUUUCAGAAACUUUAAUAAGUUUUGUAGUGGAAGUAAAUGUUUUAAAAGAGAUUUAAUUGGUGAUGUGAUAUGGCUAGGCGGCGACAGCUCAGUAAUUGCGUAGGGGUGCAGUGUGCCCGGCUGGUGGUGGCCGGGUGCGCGUGGGCAUGUGCGCUCGCCAGCGUCGCUGCUGAAGCUCACGCUGAUGUUGAUACGUCCACUGGACUCGGCGACAAUACACUCACCAACUCAGUCGUAGAAGAGCCGGAGUUUACGGAUGUCAUCCAGAACGUGACAGUGCCUGCAGGUCGCAGCGUGCGCCUCGCCUGCUCUGUCAAGAACCUCGGCUCCUACAAAGUGGCGUGGAUGCAUUUCGAGCAGUCAGCGAUUCUGACGGUGCACAACCACGUGAUCACGCGCAACCCCCGCGUGAGCGUGACGCACGACAAGCACCGCACCUGGUUCCUGCACAUCAGCGACGUGCGCGAGGAGGACCGCGGCCGCUACAUGUGCCAGAUCAACACCGUCACCGCCAAGACACAGUUCGGAUACCUACAUGUUGUCGUGCCGCCGACGAUCGACGACUCAUUGAGCUCGAGCGACGUUAUCGUGCGAGAGGGCGCCAACGUCACGCUGACGUGCCGCGCUAAUGGCUCUCCUAAGCCCACCAUCAAGUGGAAACGGGACGACAACUCAAAAAUCUCCAUCAGCAAGGGCCAUUCCGUGUCUGAAUGGGAAGGCGAGGUUCUGGAAAUGGCAAGAAUUUCAAGAUUGGACAUGGGUGCUUAUUUGUGCAUCGCUAGCAACGGUGUACCGCCAACUGUGUCGAAACGAGUUAAAGUCAGCGUUGAUUUUCCACCGAUGUUAUGGAUCCCUCACCAACUGGUCGGUGCACCACUGUACUACAACGUGACUCUAGAAUGCUUCACGGAGGCCCACCCCACAUCUUUAAAUUACUGGACUCGAGACGACGGGCACAUGAUUCACGAAAGUCCGAAAUACCACAUGGAAAACACAGUAGGAGUACCUGCAUAUAAGACCCACAUGCGUCUUCUAAUUAGGAAUAUUAACACAGAGGACUAUGGAACCUACAAGUGCAUAGCUAAGAACCCAAGGGGAGAGUCAGACGGCACCAUCCGCUUGUACACGUCGUCGCCGCCGACCACGACGCCUGAUCCUCGCGCUGUCACCUUGCCACCGCCCUCCAGGCCACCUCGCCGUGACACUCCGCUCACAGACAAAGGUACUAAGUAUCAGUCGAACCUCAACGAAAUCGAUAAGGGAAAGCAGAAAACAGAUGAAGGCGGUGGGAAGACGCACCUCAACUGGGUCGGAGGAGCUUCGCAGGUUACAGGUGACGCUGACUGGCGGAGAAGUUCCAUGUGGGUAGUACUCCCAAUAAUCACGGUGCCGUAUUAUUUUUAAUUCUGUUAACCCAUUAUUAUUUGUCCACAACCGUUACACAGUUGUGAUCGAGGGUGAACAAUGUGUAGCGGUGUAGCGUUGCCCGAGCUUGGCUCGACCGAUACAGUGCAAAUUAAAAGGAAAUUGUUUUAUAUCGCUCCCAUCCUCACGCCAUUUAAUAUAAUGACGUCAGAACAAGUUAAUAAACAUGUUUAUUUAUGUAGUAGUUUAAUGUUCUACCGUAAUAAUUUGUGUUUAAUAGCUGAAAAAUAUUUUAGAGGCAGCGUACAACGAGCUUUUAUGUAUAGCCGUAAUUAUAUCACAUUUAAAUAAAAACCGGAUUAUUUUGCAACAUUUUACGGUACUUAUAUUUAAAUAAUAGCAAUAAGCUCAUAAAUAUUGUAAUGUCGGUCCUUUAUUCAUGUAGCGUUACUGAAUUUAUGUCUUUCGCACACAUGAAACAUGUCUGCCUAGUGUUGGGAUAUUCUAACAUCAAAACCAAUUUAAUCGAUACUCGGCUUUACACGAGACUCAUUUCAGAGCUUUUAAACGUUGAAGCUAUUUACUAAUUUGUUUUAGGCCCCACAUUAGCGAUGCUAUUAACUUCUGUACGUUCAACAUUGUUACUAGUCCGAGAACUAUAUUAAUUCCACAUAUUCAUUCAUAUUUUUAUAUUUUUUGUGUAUAAGGUUGCAUUGAAUCCGGUUUUUAUUAUACUCCUCCCUUGAUAUUAAUAUAAAGGACGCAUUUAAUUGAAUAUUAAAAUACUAAAAACAAUAUGUAUUCGACAACCAGCCGAUGCCGAAUUGAAAUCGAAGUUAUCGUAACUGAGCUUAGAGCUUUGACCAAAGAUCAAACAGAUACCCGUUACAUAAAAAAUAACACAUACCUACUUUAGUAACACUUAUGAAUUUAUUGUCCUUGGAAGCAGGUAAACUAGAAUAAAAACAAAAUUUAAAAACGUAGUCACAUCGCCGUCGUUAUAAUGGUACCAUAGUUUAAGAGGUUUAGGUUUCAUAACCAAAUAUUCGUAAUUACUGUAAGAGUUGUUGUUAAUUAUAUGAACUAAAAAUUGUAUGUACGACAGUUCCUCGAACUAAUAUAAUUCACGGUUUAGCAGAAUUGAUCCGUGUCGACAAACAUUUAUUUUCGCGAGUGACAGCGCGCUAAGUCUGCUCAGCCGUGAACGUAUGUAAUAAACAAAUUCACUGCACACAUAUUAUUAUUAAUAUAUAAUACAAAGUGCACUAUUAUCAUAGUUAUUGAUUUUAAUAUAAACUAAGAAUAUAAGAAUUAGAUAGAGUAAGACUGAAUGAAUUAUAAAAUUGUGUCUUUAGAGGAUAUUUAAAGUUUUAUUAUUUGUUGUGCUUAUGUAAACCUCAUAUUCGCUGUGAUAAAACUUUAAUUGAAUUGACGACAUUUCAAAAUUACAAAAUUAUACAUAUUAUAUAGUUUCCUGUAUCGUGCCGUAGUAGCGUAGCCAUCUGUAUUCCUAACGUAACUCCUGCCUGCCCUCGACUAUAUUUCCAAAA